AUGAUGAAGACGUCGUUAAGAUUAGCGAAAUGCAUCUUAGCCGCAGUGAUGUUAUGCAUGGCUAAAGUGAAAUCAGCAGGUGUCACCGAUGUCGCUUGUGAACGCGGUUUCCAUUAUCAAAACUUCCCAGAGGUUGUUUUAUUUCCAACAUGCCAAUCGACAUGCAGCUCGAGGAAUAUGACGGUUCUUGAAAUUCGAAGUCCAGAGAAUCUGACAACAGUAACUGAGAUACUUACUAGCACUUUCAACAACGAGAUGACUUGGUUGAAUGUUCACUUUGAUAAUACCAACAACAAAUUUUAUUGGAACUCAGACAACAGUGAGAUGUCGAGUGAUCUAUUCCCAAAUCCCCAGUCCAAUAUUAUUUCUCUUGCAUAUUAUAACAAAUUUUACAAACAUUUGCGUGGAAUAUACGCAGAAGUAAUAGCUUCUUGUGUCUGCUACAGCAACGACUCAAGUACUUUAUCAUUGAAAGGAGCUUCAAACGCCAAUUACGAAUGCGUGCACCAAUUUUGUUAUCAAAAUUUUCAUGAUGAGGUUAGCUUCGAAACAUGCCAAUCAACAUGUCUUCUGAGCAACAUGAUAGUUUUCGAAAUUAGACCUCCAGAAAAUCUGUUGACGAUAGAUGCGAUGCUUACCAACACUUUUCAAAACAUUUACACUUGGGUGAAUGCGCGCCUGGAUAGCACCAUCAACAAAUUUUUUUGGAAUUCAGACAACAGUGAGGUCCCGAGUGAUUUUUUUUCAAAUCCUGAAUCCUUGGGUACUGCGUAUGCAUUCAUCGACACCCGCAAUUCUAAUUCUAUUUCGGGAGCACAAGUAGGAGAUAUGAGAUCUUGUGUUUGCUACAUAAGCAAUCCGCCCCUGACAGCAGAUGUCGUGAGAUCGGCUCUGAACUUCGCAAGUGAUGGAAAAGUAGUCAUGGAAAGAAAUAGAGAGUUCCAGAGAAAAAGGCCAGAAAAAGCAAAAGCAGAUUUAGCAAAAGAGUGUUUAACAGGAGUUAAGAAGAAGUUACUUGGGUUAACGCUUAUUGGAAUAGUACCACUAGCAAAUAUUCCUGGAAUUCUGAUAAGAGUGAGGUUUCAAGUGGUCUUUUUGCAGACCCAAUCACCUCUGCUAACACGAAUGCAUAUUUUGAUGAGAAAAGUAGAACCAUUUUCGGCACCAAAUUAUGGCCUGGUAAUAGGUUUGCCAGUAGCAGCAUCAGUUGUCGUUAUCAUAAUCGUCAGCGUUAUUAUUGUCUUGGUCAUUGUAAGAGUAAAAAAAAACAGACGACAAAGGAGAGCCUCUCUUGAACUCGAAGACGCACACGGUUAUGCCGCUCUAGCCAAUUCCAAAAACAACAACAACAACCCGGAGAAUGCUACCUACGACACCAUAAACCAGAACAACACUCGCGACUCAUUAUACGACACCAACAUCAAUGUCUAUGACACCAUAGGCGGCAACAGUGAGACGGUUGCAAGAUGCAAGCCUACAUGCUCGACGUCAGAAGAAACCAUUCUCAGCAACAGUCUAAUCGCGGACGAUGGCAAUGGCAACUACAACAACAACAGUAACAACAACAACAGCAACAACAACAGCAGUAACAACGCCACAAUUGCUUAA